AUGUCGUUGAUCUGGACAUAUUUUACCGUGUGCCAGGACGAACCGAAACAGGCUAUGUGUAAUGCUUGUAAGUCUAAAGUAAGCCGUGGAGGAUCAACGCCUAAGACUUAUGGAACAACCAACUUAAGACACCACUUGGAAAAGAAACACCCAUGCUUGUUUAGCAAGUAUAAAGAAGACACGGCUGCUAGUGCUAAGACUAAGAGGGAUGUACCUGAGUCACAGCAACAACACCCCACCGUCGCCCCUAUGUUCGACACGAGUGUUGAGAAGUCUAAUGCCACCACUCGAAAAAUAAUGGAGUACAUGGCACUGGACGACCAGCCGUUCAGCGUAGUGCAGGAUAAAGGCUUCGUCAACCUGAUUAAACACCUGAGUCCACGGUACAAAUUACCAAGUAGGCGAUACUUUUCUGAUACAGCGCUGCCAGAGUUGUUUGAGAAGGUUUCAAGCCAUAUACGCAAGCUACUCAACGCCACCAAAUCUCCGAUCAGUUUCACGACGGACAUUUGGACUUCUAACGUGAGCUUAAUGUCAAUGUUGAGUCUGACCGCUCAAUGGCUGGAUGAUGAAUUUGAGCUACAUCAAGUCCUGCUAUACUGUGAAGAAUGCCCUGGUUCCCACACUGCGGACAAUUUACGAGCCAAAUUUGAAAAAAUGAUGGCAGAGUGGAACAUCGACAAGAAGAGGGUUCAUGUCGUGUUGCGUGACAACGCUCGGAAUAUGACCAAGGCACUGGAUGACUGCAACUUCGCCAGUCUCCCGUGCAUGGCACAUACACUCCAGCUAGCGGUGAAUGAGGGACUGCAAUCUCAACGCGCAAUCACCGACGCCGUGGCAACAGGCAGGAGAAUAGUCACGCACUUCAAACACUCACCGCUAGCCUACUCGAAACUCCACGUUAUCCAGGAGGAGUUGGGUCAACCCAAGAAACGCUUGCAACAAGACGUUCCGACACGUUGGAACAGCACGUUUUACAUGUUGCAGUCGCUGUUGGAACAAAAACGCGCCUUGAGCUUAUACGCAACAGAACACGAGCUGCCGACAAUAUUCACCACACACCAGUGGGAGUUAAUUGAGAAUGUGUUGAGCAUCCUUCAACCUUUUGAGGAACUCACAAAGACAAUUAGCUCCUCGUCAGCCACCGCCUCGUCCGUCAUCCCUGAAAUCACUGCACUGAAGCGCCUUUUGGGGAGAGCAGCAGACACCGACCGUGGUGUGGGCACUGCCAAGGCCACGCUGUUGGAAGCGGUCCAGAGACGGUUUGCAGACAUCGAGAAGAAUCCACUGUACCUUGUGGCCACUGCUAUGGAUCCUAGAUACAAAACUUGCUACUUCUCAGCAGAAACAAAAAAUGAAGUGAAAAGGGUACUUCUGAACAUGCUGGACAGAGUGGACACCAGUGCCAUCAGACCCACACCUGAUCAGCCUCCUGAGGAACCUGCCAUCGCACCUCCAACCAAAAGGGCAAGCCUACUGCUUUCUGUGCAUGAUGAGAUACUGAUGGAGAAUGCUAGCAAUGAGGAGGAACACCUGCUAGGCCGCCCUGCAUCUGUUCAGUUACAGCGUUACCUCUCAGAGCUGCCCAUCAAGAGAUCUGAGGAUGAAACUGUAAAUGAUGUACUAAAAUACUGGCGUGAAAACAAAACACACUACCCUGCACUUGCCCCGCUUGCCCAAGCAUACCUCUCUGCUCCAUGCACAAGCAUUGAUAGUGAGCGCUUGUUUAGCUUGGCUAGUAAUGUCCUUGAUGAGAAAAGAAACAGGCUUUCUGGGGAGAAGGCAGAAAUGCUGCUGUUUGUGAAGAAGAACCUGCCAUUGAUGGUUGAGUGAUUGCACUGGGGGUGGGACAGAGCACUUUGUUCACAACUUAAAGCUACCUGUUAAUUUCAAUGUUAUUUUUUUAUUUAGAGAUGUCAAGAGAGGUCAAAUGCAAAUGUUAAAAAUGUUAUGAGAACCAGUUUCAAUUGACAAGAGCAUGUGGUGCACUUUAUUUUUUUUAUCCUAGGCCUAUAUUAAAUCCUGCACUUAUUAUGUGAAAAGAAAUAAAAGGCCUAAAAUGUGAUUUACUUAGAGAACCAGUUUUCAAGUGUGCAUGGUGCACUUUAUCUUUUGUUUGUCUUAAUAUUUUAGUUUUUUUCCUAUAUUGACCUGUAAACUGGACUGAAUGUUAUGGUCAGUGUUCUAAAUAAAUCUGCUCAGGGGGCACUGUUGAAACUCA